AUGGAGUCAAUGGUGUGGCUGAAGAGAAGCGAGGAGCUUCGAGUUGCCGGCAAGGCUUUCUCGGGGCUUAAAGAAGCGAAAAUGAGACAAAAGUCCCUGAAAACAAAAACAUCCGAAUCAGAGCGUUUACAACUGCUAGCUACAAAGGGACGAAAGGCGCGAGAACAACAGACAAACGCUUCAAACGAAAAAUUACUGCCUAUGCCAAAUUUGAUCCGAAUACGACGACUUUUCCUAAUCGGAAACGAUGGAGUGACUUAUGAAGCAAACCAAUCCUUUCCACGAGAGAAUCUCUGGACUCUUGCUGAAAUCAUUAAUGAUGGAGAUGCUUACGUGAUAUUGAAUGAGAUUUGGGAGUACUCGCUUGGCAAGAGAAUUAGUCGACAAGAGUCCACGCUCUUUGGAUUGGCGCUUUGUGCUCGUUACCGUGUGUGUGCCGUGAAUGAAAAGAAAGAGAACGAGCGCCCAAUCACCGCAGCCUAUCGUGCAUAUCUCAACGCAAUGCAUCUCACCGCCCUCAGCCUCGUUAAUCAUAUCUGUCCUGGCUCAGUUGAUCUUUUCCAAUUCAUCGAUUUCUGCAAUCAGAUCACCGACAAAACCAAUAAUGGCAACACGGCGGUGAUUUGGGAGCCGGCUAUGAAGGAAGCGAUUUUCCAAUGGUAUUCUUCAAAAAGCCCCGAGGAGUUGGCCUUUGAAGUAACCAAGUGCUCGAAAUUUGGUCGAUGGUCUCACCAAUUGCUGUUCAAGCUCUGCGAUGCUAAAGUGACUUUGCUCCAAUUCGAUCCACAGCAACUCGUGAUUGAGCAAAUCUACCGCUACAUUUCCCAUGGAGCGCUGUCAACGAGAAAGCUCCGUGUAAGCGAUACUGAAAUAGAGAAAUGGUAUUAUACUUGGGAGCAACUCAAUUCAGAGAACGACUCAAAGGCCCUCGAUCUAAUCGAAGCGUUUAAAUGGAUGAACAAGGACACCGUUGUUGAUGCCAUCCGAUCUCAUCGUCUCUCCUAUGAACAUAUUCCCGCUGAAUACCUUGAGUUGAGUGCCGUUUGGGAGGCGUUAAUUGAUGGGAUGCCGUAUGCUUUUCUUCUCGAUUGUCUCGAGAAAAUCGCUAUCGUUAGCAAUAUACGACAUAAGAGAAACCCGUUGAUCGCGAAGUUGUGCCAAAAGUUGAGCGACAAAGACACGAUCAAAGAGUCGAAAGUGAACCCGGUUCAGGUGUUGAUGGCCAUUGAGGAUCUGCAGGACAGUCGACUAGCACCACAAUUGCAAUCUAAAAAUCAAAUCGUUGAAGCACUUGAGCUGGCUUUUACUCGCUCUUUUGAUACCGAAGCACUCACCGGGAAAAGUAUCUGUUUUGGAGUGGAUUUCAGUGUCGCAAUGACAAAUGCUAACGACGAGCCCAGCACGAUCACGCGUAGCAAGGCGGCAGUGAUGAUGAUGAUUGGGUUGAGAAGUGGGGCUAAGGUUGAAGUGAUGAACUUUGAUCGACGUCAACACAACGAAUUUCAACACUGCCACUUUGACAGACGGACACCCAUACAGCAAAUUUGUCAAAAUUUUGACCAAGUUGAAGGAUGUGGGAGAUUAACGUGUGAUAUGUGCCAUCAUUAUCCAGACAUCGACUGCAAUGAAUUGAUCAUGUGGGCGACAAGAAACUCAAAAAAGUUCGACUGUUUCUGUGUCAUCACUGCUCGUUAUUUGGACCAUGGUGCAGAUGAAUAUAAUGCAUUAAAUGAAUAUCGAAAGAACUAUGUCCAUGAGGCAAGGCUAAUGGUUAUUGCGAUGAGAUCGUAUGAAGAUGAUCUCUGGCUUGAGGAUCCGAGUGAUAUGGGAGUGCUGCAUGUCAAUGGCUUCAAUUCGGACCUCCCCGAGAUCAUGAUGUCAUUCAUUAAAGGAGAUAUU